AUGUCGUUGUCGGUGGCCUCCAUCUCUCUCGCGCCGCGGAACUACGCCCAAGAGGAGCGGCAGCGAAAAAAGCGGCUCUUCAUACGCGUGCCUGAUCCCGACGAGUCAGCGCCGGCGCCGCCGCCGUGCCACAUCCAGCUGCUGCUCGACUCGCGCGCAGCGACGCCGCAGUCAGCAUCGUCACCGCUGGAUGGCCUGAGGGCUCCGGGAGCUGGCCGCGGACUGGAGGGGCGCCUCCGCGAUACCAUUCGACCCCAGCUGGCGGCAGUCGCGCGCGCAGGCCCCGACGUCGACACGGCAGAGGACCGGACAGAGGACGAGAUCUUCACGGUGCUUCUCGCCCGCGACCAGGAGGAGGCCUUCGGUCCGCGGCCGUCAACGAUUACGGUCCCGCUGCUGCCACCGAGAAGAUGUGGGCUGGGCAACUGGGACGAAGACAGCCUGGCGGCCCUGCUUGCCGGCUGCCACUCUGCGCCGGCCCGAGACGAGCAGCAAGUGCGGCUCGUCGAAGCGACGCGCGCUCGUCUCUUUCGGCCGAGCUGGCACCUGCGCGCGCCGGCACAGCCGGCCGAGAGAGCCUCGUGCCUCGGCGUGCGUCUCUCGGCUGAAGCCUCGGCUCACGCGUUCACCGCCCGCGAGGCCGCGGCGGCCUUCAAGCGGCUGUGCACGCCACUCGCCGAGUGGCUGCCGCCGCCAAAAAAAGGGCACGCCACCGAGCCUGGGCUUGUCUCGCUCGACUCCCUGCUCGGCGGCUUGCGAGAGCACGAGCCCGCCUGCAGCCCCAUGGCCACACCGGAGCAGCGCCGUGCACCACUCGCGUCGCUGGCAUCGGCACGCCAGCGGUCAGAUCGACUUCGAAAGCUCACGGCGAUGGACCCCUUGGCCCUUGGCGUCGACCAGCCAGCAGCACGCCGCCUCUGGCUUGGCGACACAAUGCGCGAUGAUCUCACGCCAGCGCCCAGCGGCAUCCCCACUCUUGAAGAGCCGCUCCUGCCGUACCACCUUGAGGCCCGGCCGCGGCCGGAGCAUUUGGUUUCCCUCGAAUCGCUGCUCGCCGGCCAGCCGCCACAGCUGCUCCUGACGGCGCAGGGCGAGACUGCGACUGGUAUUGCGCGCGAGCAGCUCUCCGCCCAGAUGGCCCGGCUGAUUGCUUCUGUCAUGCGCGGUAUGGGCCCGCGCUUGGGCUUGUUUAUAGCCCCGAGCGAGGAAGCCCUGGCUACGAGUGAGGGCCGAGGCUUGCCGCCGUCGGUCCAAGCGGCGGUGGCUGGGCGAGACAGAGACUCGGACAGCCUCGCCACGCUGCUACUCCCGACCCGUCCUACGACCCCUCACGCGCAGCUGGGCCGACAGGGACGAAGUGCGCCGUCCGUCUCUGCGAUGCUCGGCGCUCGCACCGAGGAGGUCAACUCCAUCCGUCAGCAGCUGCUGCGACCGACGCUGCCGCACGGCACGCCGCGGCGCCGCCGCGUGCACAGCAAGGCAGCCGUUUGGCAGGCCGGCGCUGCAGCGAGCGGCCGACUGCCUCCGGUCCCGUCCGAGGCGAGGAUCCUGCGGCAGAGCCGCGAUGCCGCACAGUCGCUCAGCCGCAAGCGAAGCGCCCCCGACCCCAGCCCUCUGUGGCGCUCACCUGCUCGGCCGCGCUUGCUCGAUGUCGGCGAAGAAGAGCAGAUGGGCGACACGGCUGAGGGCUUGCACCGCGAGCCGGCCGGCACUGUUCGACGCCUCGGCCUCGUCGCGGCCAACCCCACGCCCACAGUGCUCGCGCCCGCGCUCGACCGGGAGUGGCAGGCUCUUGAGCUGGACGAGUCGCUGGCUGACAGCGUGAGUGCCUACUUCGCCGCCAAGCGCGGUGGGCCCGCGGCAGGGCGGACCGAGGCGGCGUCCGCGCGGCCAGGCUCGGCCGCGAUGGCGCGAGCUGGGGAAGAGGCUCUGGUCGUCAAGCUCGAGAAGGCGGCGAAGCGAGGCGGGGUGCUCGCGGUGCUCCCCGAGAGCGUGUCGCAUGCGCUGCCCAUGCUCGCUGCGGCGCUGCUGCACGCGCUCGUGCCGCACGAGCACGCGUCGGCGCUCUGGCUCCUCCCGUACGGCAACGUCGCAGAGGCGCGCCAAUUCUGGCUGCAUCUCGGGAGCUCGAUCGAGGUGCGCGAGCUCUCGGAGCCGCCGGGCACGGGCAGGGAGCCGCCGCUCGAGCGCGGCGAGGUUGGCCUUCUCGCGCUCGAGUCGAUCGCUGCUGUGCCCGCCAGCGGUGCGCCGGCGCCUUGCGCGGCACCCCUCGUGGUGGCCACGCUCUCCCCGCCCGACCUGCCGACCUGCGGCGCCAUCGGCCGCUUUCUCAGCGCGGCGUCGGGCCCGCAGCUUGUGGCGUUGGUGUGCGGUCUGCCCGAUGACGACGCGCAAUCGCUCCUGCCCAUGUGCAAGGCGCUGGGCGCGACUCACCUGCACCUUCGCUCGGGCGAGGACGCCGACGUCAUCGAGCUCGCGAGGCAGCGCCGCGUCCACUCGUUUGGCGUGCCAAGGGCGCUCGCGCUCGUCGGCGAGGAGCUGUGCGAGCUGGCCGAGAACCUCCUGCACCAGGCACAGCGGCGGAUGGAGGGCCUCGCAGGCGUGGCGCUCUGCGCCUCAGCUCUGCGUCAGGCGAUCGACCGAUUCCCACGCGGCGGAGACUCCAAGGCCUUCAAGAGUCUGCUGGCGUGCCUCUGCGCGCGGCAGGCGUCGGAAUCCAUCGGACACGCCGACGCGGCCGGCUUCCGAUCGCUCCUCGACGGCUGGGCAAAGUCGCUCAAGCACCAGUCUGCAUGCCGGCCGCACCCCGCCCUUGCGAGCCUGGUCGAGGGCAAGGAGGCCGUCGCCUCGGCGAUCGCCCGCGUGGACGAGUCGAUGCGCCGGGCGGUGCGCGCAGCGCUCGGAUCGGCCAUCGACGAGGGCUUUGGCUCAGCACGCAGCGGCGGUGUGGCGGGCGAGCCCCUGCUCCGUCAGGCGGACGGGCAGCACCACGGUGCGGCUGCGAGGCACGGCGUCAUCGGCUUUGCAAGCCAGCGGCUGCUGCCGGCCGUGCGGUCCGAGUGCGAGCAGGCGCUGCGUCGCGGCAGUGACGCCGAGGCGGGACUGAGCGUGCAGGUGGUGGCGGUGGACGAGGGGAUGGAGCCACAGCACGUGCUCAACUUGAUCCAGAGGUCGCGCCAGAUGGCCGGCGGCGGGGGCACCGGCGCUGCGCUGCUGCUGCUGCUGCCUCACGACAAGCUGCUGCAAUUCGAUGUCUUUCCGUGGGCCGAGUUUCGACUCUACAUCGAGGCGAACGAGGAGAACGUGCCGCCGCUCCACCUGCGAGCUCAGCUGCUGCAGCCGCUGCUCUCGGUGCACGUCUUGCGGCCAUACGAAGCCCCCGACGCCCCGGGCGACGAGGGGGCUGUGGGCGGCGAGCCGUCAGACGGCGUUGCUCCACCAGAGACGGAGCUACCCGGCGGCAAGGACGGGCCCGCGGCGAGCGAGGCGCUGCGAGAGGCGGCUCGCCUGCUCCGUCGCUCGCACGGUGGGAGGUACGACGACAGCAUCAACUUGGAGGCGGUGCACGCUCGCAAGCAAGGGUCCGCCGCGCGCAGUGAUGGCAGCGGCAGUCGGCGCAGCGACACGCACCCGUCUGGCGCGGGCGCAAUCCCGUGGCCUGUGAUGAUCGGCGAGGCGCUUCUCGAGGCGCCGCGGCUGCACCGGCUGCUGCGGCGCAAGGGCCUGCAGCUCAUCGAGACCUCCUCUCCCCUCCCGCACCUCUUCCUCGACCCAUCCUCCGGCCUGCUGGCCUGCGACGCGCCCGCCCUGCUCCGGCCGGAGGAGCUGGCGAAGGCGGUCUCGCUCUGCGAAUCCCGCGGCGCGCGCACCUGCCAUGGGAUCUCAGCGGCGCACGUCUGGCCACAGCUCGGGCGGCUGCUCGCAGAGACCAGCGCGUGCUCGCUCAAGCUGAGCGUUCGCGUCACUCCCUGGGCCCAAGCGUGGCGCGCCCUCCAGCGCAUCCUGCUCGCGCACCGCCCCGCCGCCUCCGAGUGGCCUUGGGGCGAUGACGCCGCCGCCGAAGAGACGGAGCACGAGCGGCUGCUGCAGAGCUGCGGCCUGUCGGCGUGGGCGGCGCGCAAGGUGGUGCGGCAGCACACGCUCCGAUCCUUCCUCGCGCUCUCGCCGCAGACGCGCGCCGACUACUUCAACGGAGUGGUGCACGCGCACGCGCCGCCGCACGGGCGCGGGGAUGCUCAAGACGAGUCGCAAGCGCUGCGCCGCCGGCGCCUCGGCUUCACGGGCCAAGCAGACUCAAGCGGGCAGACGCACCUUUGCUGGAAUGCCGCCGCGGACAGCAGUGCCCCCGUGCAGCAGGCUCGGCCAGCGGCAGCGCGAGGCCACCGCGCCUCUCGGCCGCCACAAGCGGGUGGUGCCCACAAGAAGCGCCGGUGGGGCGACCGCUGA